AACACGCAACCUUCUGAUCUGGAGUCAGACGCGCUGCCGUUGCGCCACUGAGUCGAUGAAAUUCUAGGGACCACUUGUAUGAUAUAAAAUAACUUUGGAAAUACCGGUCACACCCUAUAUUUGGUUUUCUAUUUUCUGUUUAUGUUUUGGUGAAAUUAGAUAAUUUUGUUUAUCAUCUGUCGAUUGUUAACUACAUUUCUUAUAUCAUAUUCUUGUGUUUAUUGUUGUCACCAAGGUUUUAAUCUUCUCCCCCUUUUAUCUCUCAUUUCUUCUUUCCCAUUGCUCUUCAUCUCUCCCUUUCUCUCUCCUUCCAGUGUGUUGGAUGUCAUGCCCAUCGCUUCAUAACUUAUCAUCUCCAUUGACAAUGAGACUCACUCAUCAUUUCUCAUCUUCACUCACAUAUUUACUUCUACAUCAUCAUCAUCUGUAAUCACUUUUGCGAAAUGAUUUUCACCUUUAAGCUGUUUGAUAGACAUCAAAUCGGUCCAAAUUAGUUAGUAUCAUAAUAUGUUCACCAUUUUAUGUUUGAUGCAUUCAAAUCUUUACUGUGGCCAAUCAACUAAACAUGCAUGUACGUAAAGAAGAGGCCCAUCGAGCUUUGGAGCUGUUGGAGGAAUAUCAUUCAAAGUUAACAUCUCCUCGUGACAAACAAUUGCGAAAUGCUCUUGAAAGAGUUCUAAGGAUAUUCAAAUCUCGUUUAUUCCAAGCACUUCUAGAUAUUCAAGAAUUUUAUGAACUCACUCUUUUAAAUGAUGAUAAAAGUGUUCAACAGAAAACCGCGGAAACCCUUCAAAUAGCCUCAAAAUGGGAAAGUAGUCCACUUAUCGCUCCUCCGAUUGAUGAAGUGGACUUGGUCCAAUCUUUGUCACAUUCCAGAUCAGUACCUGAUAGAGCGGACACCAGUGGACAACAACAACAACAACAACAGACAAAAUACUCUAGAGGUUAUCAAAGUGAUGAAGAUGUUAGUUCAUCUGAUUAUCGAGGGCCAUUAUUGCCCACGAUGGAUAAUUUCAAUUUUAAUCUUGUCUCAAAUUUGGAAACAAUUUCAAGGAUCGAAAGACAAACAGUGACCGACGACCAGCUUUCCGAUGAAGCGGCUAAUCUACGAUCUGGUCAAGGUAAUCAAAUCAAUUCUGAUAGUCGAAUGCAAAGCUCACCAGCUCAUCGAGGUUACCAUGAGAAUAACAAUUUCUAUCCUGAUUCAACCACAGAAUCUGGAGUCCAUUCAAUGCGUUCUCAUUUAUCUUAUCCUCAUGAUCCUAAUCAAGGUCGACCUAGUCCAUCAAAAAGUCACAUUCAAACUCGAUCCAUUGAUGAUAUAACUAAUUCAGUGAUCAAUUUAAAAUGUGAAUCAACUAAUCAUCCAAUUUGGGAAUAUGAGGAAAUCACCUUGGAAAGAGGUAACGCUGGACUUGGUUUCUCGAUUGCUGGAGGAAUUGGACCUGUGGCUGGAAAUGAAAAUCUACCAAUUAAUACAGAUACAAAUAUUUAUGUAACCAAAAUAAUCUCUGGUGGUGCAGCAGCAUUAGAUGGUCGAUUACAGGUUGAUGAUAUUAUUCUUAAGGUAAAUGAGAUCGAUCUAAUAAACUGUCCUCAUCCCGUCGCUGUUGAAGCACUUAAAGAGGCCGGUAAUCGUGUUCGCCUUGUGGUCAAAAGACGUAAAGAUGUGGUCAUCGAGCUACUCAAAGGAGACAAAGGCCUUGGCUUCAGUAUUGCCGGAGGAAUCGGUAACCAGCAUAUUCCAGGUGAUAAUGGAAUCUAUGUAACCAAAAUAAUGGAAUAUGGUGCUGCUCAUCUUGAUGGAAGAUUACAAGUCGGCGAUCGGUUGAUUGCUGUCAACAGUAAAAAUCUUGAGAACGUGACCCACGAAGAAGCCGUGGCCACACUUAAAUCAACUGCCGAUCGAGUUGUAUUAACAGUACUUAAAGGCAACGUUCGACCAACUCUUAAUCACCCGACGAUUUAUCAACAUUACACCAAUCGAAGCCAUUCACCGAAUCCACCCCAACAAAUUUGCACCAUUCCUUCAACAUCUACACGAAUAACAGCUUGUUCUGUGAACUCUGGUUUCCCUCAGAAGCAGAGUCAUGUUGGUAAUUCAGAUGAUGAAUGGUGGAACUCUCGUAGUGGAGCCAGGGAAAGUCGAGAAACGACCUUUGGUAUGGUCCCGACAGGAUACAAUAUGGCUCCAUCUCCAUGUCUUCCGGAAGCAUCGAAAGCGCUAGAUUAUAGUUCCAGUGGUCAGGAGAUGAUUAAUGUUGUUGGAAGUAAACUGGACAAAGAGAGUGAUUAUUCAACUCGAGAAUCAAGGACCGUCGCAUUAACCAAAAGCUCAACUGGCCUUGGUUUUAAUAUCGUUGGAGGUGAAGAUGGUGAAGGCAUUUUUAUAUCUUUCAUACUCUCCGGUGGACCUGCCGAUCUGAAUGGACAAUUAAGGCGAGGAGAUCAAAUAUUAUCCGUUAAUGGAUUUGAUCUGAGACACGCUAAUCAUGAACAAGCUGCUGCUGCUCUUAAAGGAGCUGGACAAACGGUGACUCUCGUCGUUCAGUACAGACCUGAAGAGUAUAAUCGUUUCGAGGCAAAGAUACAUGAUAUUCGUGAACACAUUAUCCUGAAUGCCUCUGGAAGCCUUAAAACCUCCAUUAAAAGGUCAUUUUUUGUUCGAGCUCUUUUUGAUUAUGAUCCAACCAAAGACUCGGGCUUACCAAGCAGAGGAUUACUCUUCCGGUUUGGUGAUAUACUUCAUGUAAUCAAUGCUUCCGAUGAUGAAUGGUGGCAGGCUCGAAGAGCGUUGCCCGAUGGCCAGGAAUCGGAACUUGGUAUUAUACCUUCCAGAAAAAGAGUUGAGAAGAAAGAACGAGCUCGCUUGAAGUAUGUCAAAUUUCAAGAGAAAUCAGGUUCUGAUGGGAAGAUGUCUACUAUUGAUCGGAAGAAGAAAAACUUUUCUUUUUCACGGAAAUUUCCAUUUAUGAAAUCUCGAGAUACUGAAGAUGAAAGUGAUGAAAGAGACGAUAAAUCACCAACCAAGGAGCACGUCGAGUCUUUUCCGGAAACUAAUCCAUCAAAUGAAGUAGAUAAUCCUAAAGAAGAUAAUGUGCUCUCCUAUGAGUAUGUUGUCCAACAAGAGAUCAGUUACCGACGACCUGUAAUAAUUUUGGGACCAUUAAAGGAUCGUAUUAACGAUGACCUUAUCUCAGAAUAUCCGGAAAGGUUUCAAUCGUGUGUACCUCAUACCACUCGACCUCCUCGAGAUUAUGAAAUUGAUGGACGAGAUUAUCAUUUCGUUGCUUCUCGUGAACAAAUGGAGAAAGACAUACAGAAUCAUCUAUUCAUCGAGGCAGGUCAAUAUAACGAUAACCUUUACGGAACCUCUGUGGCCUCUGUACGCUCCGUGGCUGAGGCCGGAAAACAUUGUAUCCUUGAUGUGAGUGGAAGUGCAAUUAAAAGACUCCAAGCAGCCGGACUUCAACCCAUAGCCAUAUUUAUUAAGCCCAAAUCAAUUGCUUCACUUAUGGAGAUGAAUAAAAGGUUUCCAGAGGAAGAAGCUAAAAAAUUAUAUGAACGAGCCAUCAAAUUGGAACAAGAGUUCGCUGAAUAUUUCACAUCAAUAGUCAUCGGAGAUUCUCCUGAGGAGAUCUAUGCAAAAGUUAAAUCUGCCAUAAACGUAAACGAUUCCCCUGUCAUAUGGAUACGCCCGAGAGAUCAAGGAUUAUGAAGAUUAUCUACUGAUUACCAAUAGAAUCCAAUUGCUAAAAAUCAAAACAGAUCUUCCUUUCAUAAUAUUUUACCAUCAGUCUUUUUCCUCUCUUUUACACAUUGUAUUUUCCUCUCUCUCUCUAACUUUUGUGUCUCUUUCCCAUCAUCUUCAUCUUCUCCAAUCAUCGUGAUAUAUAUAUUACAAUUAACGAAACCAAUUACACGAAACUAAUUACACACACAAACACUUACACACAUUUACAAGGCUUGUUUAAUGUUCAACCAAAGACUCGCAUGGACAAAAUGAAUUUCACCUUUUCUGCAGGAAGACAAAGUUCAUUUUUCUUUUUCCUUUUAAUCAAAUUUUCAAUUCAAACAAACUUUUCAAAUUACACUUUUGAAAAUCACCAACAAUCAACAAUUUAUGAACAAAUCAAUUAAUAGUAAGCGAACAGACGCUCACCCACUGCUCACAGAAAGCCUCAAGUAAAGAUGAUCUCUGGAUUGAUGCUCUCUCAUUCUCUUUUCUUCUAAUUGAUUCCAGAAUUCUUACUUAAUUAUCCACGAUUAUGAUAACAAAAGCAUCGCCUUCGUUAUUGCUUCGCUUUUUCAUCUUUGUUGUUCAUCGGAUCUUCCAACUUUCAUCUGAUCUUUCUUUCUUCCAUCUCUGAGAAUCCAUGUUUUGACCUGUUCCCUCAACUGCCCAUCACUCACUCGCUUUGUCUUCAUGUCAUUUUAAUCAACAUUGUUUUUAAAUGAUAAUUUUAUUUGUUGAAUCCCAAUUGAAACAAACGAAAAGAAACUAAAAUGAAAUGAGAACAAAAAUCAACAUGAAUAUUACAAAUAACAUGCGAACAAUUAACUUUUUCUUACUUAUCAACGUACAAUCUACAAGGUGAAAACAAAAGAUAAUCAACUUAGGAAGAAGCAAUUAACAUGCUUACGAAGCAUUUAGUGUAUCUAAAUUUUCUGGCAGAAAAUCAAGAAAAAAAUCCAAAAGUGAACAAUUAAAAAUUUAAUUUCUUUGUA